AUGGACCAGCCAGUCGUCCAGACCUCGCACGGCACUGUGCUCGGCACCACUACUGACGGAAUCACUAGGUUCCUCGGCAUCCCGUAUGCGGACGCCGAGCGGUUCGAGUCGCCAACCCCCACAUCAUGGGAGGGUGAGCUGGACGCGACCUUGUUCGGCCCACCCAGCCCACAACGACCCUACCCCAACCGACUAGGGGACCUGCUUGCGCCAGUCCCCGGCCUCCCAUCCGAGUGUCGUGACGACAUCCUGCGCCUGAACAUCUGGGCCCCGCUGCGGCUGCCAUCCUCAUCACCACCCCUCUCCUCCACCUCCCACCCAUCCUCAGCACCACCCCUCUCCCCCACCUCCCACCCAGUCCUCCUCUGGCUACACGGUGGCGCCCUCGAGCGCGGCUCUCCCGCGCAACCAGGAAAUUCUGGAGUCGCCUUUGCCCGCAAUGGCAUCGUCUUCGUCUCGCCCACUUACCGCUUGGGAGUGGAGGGCUGGUCAUCCUUUGCCCCGAAUCUGGGACUCGAGGACGUGGCCGCCGCUCUGCAGUGGGUGUAUAACAAUAUUGGCGCGUUUGGCGGCGACCCGAACCGCAUCUCUGUAAAAGGUGAAAGCGCGGGCGGUGUUCUCACUGCCUGCCUCCUAGCAAAAGAAAACACGCUGCCGUUAAUCUCACGCGCAAUCAUCAUGUCGGCGCCGUUGCAAGUCGAACCUUCCUGCACGGCCACGAGGGGCGUUGCGAAACAGCUCAACAUCCCAGAGACUAAAGAGGCGUUCAUGACCAAGAGCGUGGCACAAGUCCUCGAUGCACGCGCAAGACAAGUGUCGAUACAGGGAGAUAGCGUGCUCUCUGGCGCGCCGAUCUUUCGCGUCGUCCUCGACCCCCCUACCCUCCCCACCUCACCCCACCUCAUCCUCCCUGCUCUCAAGAUACCAAUCAUGAUCGGCACCACCACGGAAGAGUACAAGCUCUUCCUCUCUCCCUCUGAACUAGAGGAUAUUGGCUGGCUCAAGCUCUACGGCGCGGGAUGGUGGCUUGGUGGUCUGAGGGCUGUGCGUGCGCUCUGGACACAUUUUGCGAGUUAUGGCGAGGUGUUUGGACAACUGGUUAGUGAUGUGGGGAUGCGGAAGCCUGCCGACUCGCUCGCCAGCGCUAGGCAAGAGGGAGAAACGUGGGUGUACGAGUUCGCCCAUGCUGGCCCACUUGGCGCGGCACAUGCCACUGAACUGCCCUUUGUCUUUGACGCUCUGGCGUCACCUGACGGGCUUGCUUUUGGGGGCGGGCCACAGGAGCUCGCGGAAGAGAUGCACGCUGCGUGGGUGCGGUUCGUGAAAGGCGAAGCGCCAUGGGAGGCGUAUGGGACGGAGAGGAUGGUCAGGGUGUUUGGCGGAGACGCAAAUGAGUGGGCGCGUACCCACCGGGUGCGCCGAGCAGAUGUGCUCGACGCUCUACCGUAA